AUGGGUGUUGUCAGUGUCUUUUUUAACCACCUCGAUGGUAGCAAGGUGCCCACAGAUGUAUCACCAAACGGUCGUUCACAACUCGCGGAUCGUGCAUGGCUUUCUCUGUUCGCUCUCGCAAAACUUGGAAAUUUCUUGCAAGAAAGUGAUGAUUACGGUCCGGAUAUCAUCAAAGCCUGGCCAAGUGUCUUUAAGUGGAGCGGAUAUUUUUUCGCCAUAUACAUCCAGCCCAAAAACUCAGACCCUCAAAGAAAGAAGGGUGCCAUCGACGCUAUCAGCGCGUCAUGGUACUCACUCGUUCGGUCGGAGAGCGCGCGCAAAGUCAUGACAACCACGCCGGGCAGCAUCGAAAUGGCGACCCUGUUAUGGGUCUUCGAGGAUGCUAGCCCUAUAUCAUCUAUAGUCGACAUCCCGAGCGCCUCAGCAGCGCUAGAUGGACUCCUGCGGGAGUACCAUCCAGGUAACCUCGAUCGGGUCGUUAAAGCGGCUGGAGGCAAGGCCGAGAAUGUCGCACAAACGGCAUUGCUGCGUUUGCGAUCUGCCUUCAAGAACAUCACUCGGCUCCAUGAGCCUCGCACGGCGAUUUACCUUGACCUCAUCUGCAAGCUUUCGAGAGAUCCUAAUCACAAGCUUCGAUAUGCAUUCCUUAGCUCAAACAUCAUCACCCUGUGCACGACCAUCGCACUGACCGUUACGAAUAUGAUCAAUGAUGGUGGGCAUCCGGGCCUUUUGGAUGUUUUGGUGGCCUCGUUUGGCUACCUCUCCAAUUGUCUCGAGUCUACUGACGGCUUUUCCUGGGUUAUUCAAUCGGUCAAGGCGGGGCUCUUGACCGCCUUCGUCGAUGCAAGCCCACAUUUCUUUAAAUUAGAUCCCGAUGACCGUGAUAUGAUUCUUCAUAUCGUUCGGGAUAUUCUCCCGGAUUAUCUGGUGUAUCGGUCAGUUGUUGAAGCCGUUGAUGGCACGAUGAGGAAGUUGUCUGAUUCCCCACAUCGCGAACGGAUCCUGAGUAGUACGGCCUCCGGUGUCUGGACGAAAUUCCACAAGCUUGCCUUGGAGCGAUUGUUUAUAACUAUGCAAGCAACAGCAGUUAAAGGUAAAGCUAUGACGUGCGACAAUGUAAAGUGCCAGAAGAUUGAUGAGAAGAACAAUUUCCGUAGGUGUGGAGCAUGCUCUACAACGCUGUACUGUUCGAAGGAGUGUCAAACCGUCUCAUGGAAAGAGGGAGGACAUAAAACGAUGUGUGCACUCAAGCAACAAGAACGCCUUGGGGAUGCUGCAUUUUUCCACCAUCUUGCAACCCGCGAUGCAUGGCGAGAAUUACCAACGCUUCGCGAGAUGGCCACCAAAGAAUAUCCGCAGACAGUUAACACUGACCUUGUCGUCUGUAUUGACUACCUAGUCAAUCCUCCGAAGUUUUCGGUCGUUCCUAUCGUAGAGUACGACAAACAUCAGCCAGAGACCGACGGUACAGUAAACGCCGAAGCGAGAAACGAAGCACUAAUCGAGCGAGCGAGGGAGAAUCCUGGAAAAUUUACGGUCAUUCAGAGCAAGAUCGCGAACGGGCAAAGUAAGCAGCUAGUGCUGACUAUCGUGACCGGUGGCUUCUGGCAGGCACGACAGGAAGCUUGGGUCGAAGAUGAUGCCGAGGAUGACGAUGACGACCUUCCACCUGUUAGAAAAAAUCUGGAUGGGGUGGAUAUGGCCAUGGCACGCCUGACUCUGGAUGGAUUCCUCGCGUCGCGUGGAUUUCCACCAUUACCGCGUCCGAAACGUGUCUAG